AUGGAUCAUCAAGAUGAUUCAUCACCUUCUUCAUUCCAUGAAGUUCUGGCAGUAAACCCUAAUAUUCCAUCGGCACAUAAGAAAAGAGGUGGGAAGAAGACAUUUAAGGAGACGCGCCACCCCGUGUACAGAGGAGUACGGCGGAGGAACCGCGCCAAAUGGGUGUGUGAAGUUCGUGAACCGAACAAGAAAUCAAGAAUAUGGCUAGGGACGUUCGCCACCCCAGAAAUGGCAGCUAGGGCACACGAUGUGGCCGCGUUGGCCCUGCGCGGUGGUGGCGCUGUCCUGAACUUCAAUGACUCCGCCUGGUGCCUCCCCAGGGCCAAAUCUUCAUCCAAUGAAGAUAUUCAAAUUGCUGCUCUUCAAGCUGCUAAUAAUUAUGCAACACCAUCAAUGGAAUUAUCCCCUUGUUCUUCCUCUAACUCUCUGAAUUCGACGAUUAUUUCGAGCGAAAAUCUUGAAAUAAAACCUCUGAAUUUACUGAAUGUCGAAAACGAGUUCUUGGACGAGGAGGCAAUGUUUAACAUGCCAAGUUUGUUAGACAGCAUGGCAGAGGGGAUGCUUUUAACUCCACCAGCUAUGAAGAAUGGAUUUAGCUGGAGCAAUGAGGAUGAAAAUUAUAGCGAGUUCACUUUGUGGUGUGAUUAA